AUGGAUUCCUCCACCUCAUCGUCGCCCAUUGCAAAUUUCUAUUUUUUAGCGGAUAAUGGUGACUCGACCGAUGAGGAUGUCGAGCACGAAGCGGUUACGAGUGCGUGCGAACUCGCCACUCAGUAUAUGAAGCAUUAUAGCUGGCCUCAACGUGAAAUUUUACCAAGAGAAUGUAUUGAACGAGACCGACAUGCGGCAAAUGAUCGGUUGAUAAAAGAUUACUUCGAUGAAGCGCCUACUUACCCAAACCCCGAAGUUUUUAGUUGUCGUUUCCGGAUGAGUAAACGUUUAUUUUUACGCAUCGCUGAAGACUUGGUAAACAACUUUGAUUAUUUUAAACAAAAACCAAAUGCAAGGGGGACACUUGGAUUCACUGGUAUUCAAAAAUGUACUUUAGCUCUACGAGUCCUUGCGUAUGGAAACACGACAGACAUCAACGAUGAGUAUUUAAAAAUGGUCAAGAAAACAACGCGAGAUACGUUGGAGCAUUUUUGUCAAGGAACAUUACUAUACCAAAGCAUUACAUGCAUUCAAAUUUCUUUUAGUUAG